CCGCUUAAAAGGGAGGCGCGAUCGGUGCGAGCAAUUUAGAACGCGACGUGAUUUUGGGAAUUCAAAUACAAGCACGAGUCGAUCGAAGAGUGGAAGCAGUAGCAAUUUAGCUUGUGCCCGGAACAGUUCAUUUACUAAGCGACUCUUAUACACCCUCCUCACACACAAAUGGCAACUGCAACUAUCGGCGGCAGUGGACUCCACCUGGAGGCCAUCGAUCGCAUUGUCUCCAUUCCGUUGGUGGAGUCGAGCGUGAAGCGGGUGGAGAACAUCUACGGCAAGGUGAAGAACAACAAUCGUCUGUUCUCCUGGUACUUUGAGGCCGCCGAGGCCACCAUUUCGGCCGCCUAUGGCUCGGUUCAACCGGCCGUGAAGCUCUUUGAGCAUCCCCUGAAGCGCAUCGACAAUGUCAUGUGCAAGAGUCUGGACAUACUGGAACAGCGUAUUCCUCUGGUCUAUCUGCCACCCGAAAUGAUGUAUUGGAACACCAAGGAAUACAUGUCGGAUCAUCUGGUGCGGCCCGUCCUCAAGCGCGCCGAUUCGGUCAAACAAAUUGGCACCGCUGUGCUGGAGAGUCCCCUCACCACCUAUGCGGCGGAUCGCAUCGAUGGAGCCUUCACAGCCGGCGACAAGUUCGUGGACAAAUAUCUGGUGCCCAUUGGCACGGGCCAGGAUCAGACAGACGCCCCCCAAGAGGAUGAUAACGGAGCGGCACUCAAUGAGAAGGGGGCCAUCAAGGCGAUCCACCACGGUCAACGAUUCUCCCGAAAGCUGAAGCGCCGCCUCACACAAAGAACGAUCGCCGAGGCCCGCGCCCUGAAGAAACAAAGCAAAGAGGCCAUCCAUGUGCUCAUCUAUGCUGUUGAAUUGAUUGCCACGGAUCCAAAACAGGCCAUGCAAAAGGCUAGGGAACUGUGGACAUAUCUCAGCGCAGAUGAGCCCGAGAAUCAGGCGAGGCCAACCACCCUGGAGCAGUUGAUUGUGCUCCUCACAAGGGAAUCGGCCAGAAGAGUAGUGCAUUUGGUGAACUUCAGUGCCACUGUGGCAUCCAACAUUCCCAGAAACCUGGCACACACCACCACAGAAGUGGCCCACCAAAUCGUAUAUAUUAACCAUCGCAUCAUCACAAUAUCCCGCCUGGACAAGGUGAAGACCCUGUCCAAGGAGGAGGCUGAAUCUCUAUUAAAGCGCGCACUGGCGUUCUACGGCAGUCUGCAGGGCCUGACCAACAGUUAUCUGGAACGUGUGGCCAACUUUCUGUCCGGACGCAUUGAGGCCGAGAAGGUGACGGGCACCGACAGCGCCACAACCAAUCACAGAUCCUCGAGGAGGCGACAGGACAACAACACAAACAAUUACUCAGCGGCCCACAACAAUAUAAAUGGUGUCUACUAGGAAAUCGAGUUUUUUAUUGUAAUCGUAUUCUUAUGUCUUAUAAUAGAGUUUUGCUUUUGUCUGCACAUCCGCACAAGUCAUUAAA